AUGGUGGUGACCCAUCUGGCUCUGGAGCUGCGUUUCCAGGGGAAAAAGCUGAGAGGCUUCAAGUGCAAACUGACCCGCUCAGCCCGCAGCUUCCUGCCAGAGAACUCAUGGAUCAUUGCAGCCCAAAUCCUACUGCCUUACCUGGUGUCUGGCCUGGGGAUGGUGGCAGCAGGGAUAGUCAUGGAUGUUGUGCAACACUGGGAGGUGUUCAAGGAGAUCUCUGAGGUGUUUAUCUUGGUGCCAGCCCUGGUGGGUCUGAAGGGGAAUCUGGAAAUGACACUGGCAUCCAGACUGUCAACAGCGGCCAACACAGGGCAGAUGGAUGAGGCCCAGCAGCAGUGGAGGAUGGUGUUCUGCAAUCUGGCUCUCAUUCAGGUCCAGGCCACAGUGGUAGGAUUCCUGGCAGCAGUCGCAGCGGUGGGUCUCGGAGGUCUGACCAAAGGGAGAGUGGAUGUUAUCCAGGCUGUUGUUCUGUGUGCCAGCAGUGUCACCACUGCUUUCAUUGCCGCACUGUCUCUAGGUUUAGUGAUGGUGGCAGUGAUCAUUGGCUCCAGAAGGGUGGGCAUCAACCCGGAUAAUGUGGCCACGCCCAUCGCCGCCAGCCUCGGAGACCUCAUCACUCUGUCUCUGCUAGCUGGAGUCAGCAGCUUCUUCUUCCUUUACAGAGACAUAUGGUACCUGCCCUCUGUGGUGUGUGGCUUCUUCCUGUUCCUAGUCCCAGUGUGGGUCAUUAUUGCCAGUCGCUCUCCACCAAUCAGAGAGGUCCUGAAGUCAGGCUGGCACCCUGUCAUUUUGGCCAUGUCUAUCAGCAGUAUUGGUGGUCUGAUUCUGGAUAAAACUGUGAGCAAUCCAGACUUUGAAGGUAUGGCCGUAUUUACUCCAGUCAUCAAUGGUGUGGGGGGGAAUCUUGUAGCCAUUCAGGCGAGCAGGAUGUCUACCUUCCUCCACUACUGGAGCGUUCCUGGAGCUCUUCCAUUCAAAAUGAGUGAAAAGUGUCCUGGACCCUGUGCUGUCUUCUUCUCUUCAGAUGUGAACUCCGUAUCAGCCAGAGUCCUGGUCACCCUUGUUGUCCCAGGUCACCUCCUCUUCCUGUACACCAUCCACCUCCUGCAGGGAGGGCACACUGCCAUGACGCCAGCCUUCAUCGUGUGCUACCUGUUUGCAGCUCUGCUUCAGGUGGUGAUUUUGCUCCUUGUGGCCAGCCUGAUGGUGCACUGGCUGUGGCAAAGGGGCCUGGAUCCAGACAACUUCUCCAUCCCUUACCUGACAGCUCUCGGUGACCUGCUGGGGACCGGCUUCUUGGCUCUGAGCUUCAGACUGAUUCUGAUGGUCAGUUCCACUGAAACAGGAGUUUGAUACAGAAACAUGGUCCUGCACAUCCUGAAUGUACUGUUCUCUGUAUGCAAGAGGCCAAAACAAACUGAAAAAGUUGAUGGAAUAAAAGAAGGAAAGUGAGGCUAAAAGAAGGUGUUAUUUGUGCCUCAAGACUGAGCAGGUGAUGCUAAGCUAACUUAUCAUGAAAAGAAAAACUGAAUUCAGUUCAGUUUUAUUUAUACAGCACCAAAUCACAACAUUCAGCUCAAGAUGGUUUCUAUUGUAAGGUAAAGACCCUAGAAUAAUACAAAUUUGAGCUAAGAGAAACCUGUUCAGUGAACAUUUGCAUGUCUGCUGUUGUCUGUACAAAAGCACAGUUUGAUUCAUUCACUUUGCUUCUUAAAGAUCUGCUCAAGUUUGCCCUGCUCAUCAUCACCCAGCAUCACUGUUACCUCUUUCCCACUAACCCUUUCCCAGGUUUGCAAAUGAUACCAUUUCCUGCUAGUAGGAAAUGUUUGUGUAAGGUCCACUGCACAAAAAUCAUGGCUGACACAGACUGGGCCCCAUCUGAUUCAGUGGCUUCAUCUUGGGGCCCAGCAAUUUUGUGGUACCCACCUUUGGGCACCAGGUCUAGGUUAGAUGCUUACAUUGGGACCAUAUUGGUGGAAAAAGCAUAUUUCUGUUCAGACAGACUGCCAGGCCUUACAAUCACAUACAAAACAGCUAAUGGGCAGUAUUUUGCCCUGCUGCCAAUGAACUGGCUUAGUAAAGUUUCUGAUGAGGUCAGACAGAGGCUGAGUGGUCAGUUGGUACAUUUGCAUGUUGGGGAAAAUAAGCACAACAGCCACACUGUCAGAUUUGUGUAAAUUACAGCCUGUCGAGUGCUGGAGUAGGUAACGACUGGUUUGCUGUUUUGUCCCUAGUGCUUUUGUUACAGGAUUAUUGGUUACUAGUUUAAGUGUAACUGGCAUAUUCAAAUCGGUCGCAUAAAUAAUUCACAAAUUCAAAGCUGAAAUAUUAGUUCUUAAAAGUUUAUUACAACCAGAUCCAUAACAUCAAUAAAAUAACACCGUCAUAAAGACAGUUAAGAGGACUUUGUGGAGAAUGACUCUAGAUAAUACUAUGCAAGAAAGAACAUGAUGCCAGCUUAUUAACAUAUAACACUUUAAUACAGUCAGAAAGGAGCAGACUGAGGAGACACCCAAGGGCUUGACAUGUUUGCUAAAGAACAACUGAGCAACCAAUCAGGAACUACCUGCUAGCUUUAUAGCCACACUGAUUCAAAGUAGGCCUAAACAUGCUAACAGAUAUUGUUCCAAAUGCUGGUAUUAAAAAAAAAGUAAGCAGAUCUAUAAUUUCAUAACUGCAGCAAACAGAGGGCAUCACUGUGAUGAAAAAGUUUAAAUACCAAAUAAUGUUGGUAAGACUAACUUAUAAGAGUCUGCGUUACAUUCAUUAUAAGGUCCAAAUAAACUUUGCAACUUUACACAGACAUAUUUUUGGUCAAACAAUGUUCAAAAAUGCCUCCCUAAUAACAUCAUAGAGGACGUGCUGAGCACCGUUCUGCAAAACGCUGUUUAAGUGUGAGACACUAACUAGGACUUAGUGACUGAACACUGUGCAGUUGUAUGGACAGCAGCAAUGACACGACACCCAGAACAGCUUUUGUUUUGUAAAAAUGAAAUUAUUCAGUGUGUGGUAAUAAUUUACUCACAACAUACAGUGCUGUGCAAAAGUCUUGCAUCAGCCCUCAUUUCUUUAUGUUUUGCUUCCAUGGAGCCAGAUUUUUUAAAGUGGUCUUGAGCGAUAGAUCUCAUUUUCAGAGGAGUGUUUUUUUUUUGUUUGUUUGUUAAGCCACUUAACUAUGAAUCAUCCAAGCGUUUAAAAGGCACCAAACUCAAGGGACGAACCACUGUUGUGUCUACACAUAACAGAACCCAUUUUAAAUUGUAUCUUUAGGCACUUUGUUACUUGUAGCCUGUCACAAAAACACAUCAUUUGUUCCCAUUUCUGUAGUUGAAUCUAUGAAAAAUGCCAACGAUAACACAGUGUGACAGGCAUAAAACCAGUAUUUUUGCACCAACAAGGUGAAUCUCAAACAGCUGUUAAAUUUGGCACAUCUCUGCACGGUGUGCAACAUGACCUUUAACGAAGUGACAAGACAGCUUGCCGUCAAGCUCGUUACAACUACACAGACACUAUUUUUGCCUUAUAUGCUCUAUUUACAUGUAUGUUAUCACAUUUCAAAUUGUUGCAUCCAUUUCCUUAAACAAAAUAUAAAGAAAUGUUUGCACUGUAGUGUGUACCUAAUUUUUUUUGGUACCUCUUCACGCUCAGGAUUGAGGCACAAAUAUUAACGCUGUAGAUAAGCAGCUUGUAAAAAGAAAAUGGGGGAAACAGGUGGUGGAAAUCAGAAAGAUAAAUAAACACAAGGACUUGUUUUGCACUUUAGUCACCAUAUUCACCAGCUCACUGUGGUCAAUGUUUGUACUCUGUCCCCUGGAGUUUUGCUGGCCUCGAUAUCACUCGGCUUGGCUCCAUAGAAAUCAACGUCCAUUCGGAGUGCAAGCAGCGAGUGGGAGUGCUGUCGAACCGCUGUAGUAACUGUUGGCACAUCUGUACACCUGUUGUCAGCUCCUAAAUGUUACACGGCAAAUGAUUGUAUUCAGGCAAUAACAUCAUAUAUAACUGAGCGUAAAUGUAAUAUUAAGCUCUGCACAGUCUGGAUGAAUGUUAGAUUUUAAUCGUGCUUAUUUUUGGUAGAUUCGUGCCUUUUAAACCGUGAUGAGCCUUCAGUUGUUCUUGCCAAAUUUCAACUGGAUCUGUUAUUUUUUUUUUGUGCAGCACAGUGCCACCGAAUAUAGCCUGUUGUAUUUAACCGUUUUGUGUUCCAGGUAUUGACAGCACAGAUAUUUUUUUGUGCCACUUCUGUGAAGAAAUUAUUUAGUAUGCAUUUCUCUGUAUGGGGCCUUUUCAAUCGUUUCAUAUGCACUUUCAGUAAGAUGCUUGUCUUUAGUGGUCUGGAAACAGCCCUCAGAAACAGUAAGUAAUCCCAUUUCCACUGACAUCAAGCUUGACUGGACUUUGUAGUGCUGUUGCAUUUAUACACACUUCUAGAUCACAUCUUUCCAGUCAUGGUUUAUCAUU